AAUUUUUGCAAUAAAAUAGUUGAGAGUUGGUGAGGUUUCUUCAUCACUCAUUGGUUUUUUCAAAUUUACUUCCAAAUUUAUUGCCGGAAGAUUCCCGGUGCUUCUCUCCGAUGGAACGAAUACUUGUACGGGCGUUGUUUUUCAUCUUCCCGUUUUUGAUAUCAUCGGCCCUGGGAACUGAACCGCCAUUGGAGUUAAGUCAUCUAACUCUGGAGCUUUUGGAAUCAGCAAGAAACCCCAAGUUCUUCGACUGGUUAGUUAGGGCUCGAAGGAAAUUGCACGAGAAUCCAGAGCUGUCCUUCGAGGAAUUCGAGACCAGCCAAUUUAUCCGAACAGAGCUGGAGUCGCUUGGGAUUAACUUCACUUGGCCAGUUGCUAAGACCGGGAUUGUGGCCUCCAUCGGAUCAGGAGCGCACCCAUGGUUCGCUCUUAGGGCUGAUAUGGAUGCUCUUCCUAUUCAGGAAAUGGUUGAGUGGGAGCAUAAGAGUAAGAAGGAUGGCAAAAUGCACGCUUGCGGCCAUGAUGCUCAUGUUACAAUGCUUCUUGGAGCUGCUAAGUUGCUUCAGCAAAGAAGAAAUGAACUCAAGGGCACAGUGAAGCUUGUUUUCCAACCUGGGGAAGAGGGACGUGCUGGGGCUUACCAUAUGUUAAAAGAGGGUGCGCUAGACAAAUUCCAAGGCAUAUUUGGGUUACACAUUAUACCAGAUUUGCCAAUAGGGACAAUUGGUUCGAGGGCUGGUCCAUUUAUGGCUGGUAGUGGUAGGUUUCAGGCUACAAUUCAAGGAAUUGGUGGCCAUGCUGCAUGGCCUCAUAAAGCAAGGGAUCCAGUUCUUGCAAUGUCAUCGGCUAUCGUCUCUCUUCAACACAUAAUUUCUCGUGAAACUGAUCCUCUUGAUUCCAGGGUGAUCACUGUGGGAUUUGUAAAGGGUGGACAAGCAGGAAAUGUAAUCCCGGAAACCGCUACAUUUGGUGGUACUUUCCGAAGCAUGACUGUGGAAGGUCUUUCCUACCUCCAGAAAAGAAUUCAAGAGGUCAUAGAGGUUCAAGCAGCUGUGCAUCAGUGUAAUGCCACGGUAGACUUCAUGGAAGACAAGUUGAUAUUCUACCCGGCUACUGUCAAUGACGAAGGAUUGUACAGCCACGCAAAGAAGGUGGGAGAACAUUUGCUUGGAGGAGAAUCAAAUGUGCAUCAUCUUUCGAUGGUAAUGGCAGCCGAGGACUUCAGCUUCUACUCGCAGAAGAUGCCUGCUGCAUUUUUCAUGAUCGGAGUGAAAAAUGAAACUAUGAAAUCUGGAACACCGUUGCACUCGCCGUACAUUACUAUAGAUGAGCGAGUUCUUCCAGUUGGAGCUGCUCUUCAUGCUGCAGUUGCAAUUUCUUACUUGGAUGAACAUUCUGUGGGCAGUAAUUAAGAGAAUGUCAUUUGCGACAUUUAUUGUUGAACUAAUAUUCUCCUUUUAAUAUAUUUUUCUUCAACUCUCUAUGUUUGCUAUAUUUAAUUUGUUUCUCAACCUUUAUUCUUUUUUCUUUUUAUUGCAAAGGUAUUUCUGUUAAUAUUUGGGGAAAAUCAAACUUUGAAUACAAAUAAUACCUCAGUUGAGUUAUGUUCCUA